CGUGAAUUCGGACUUGAUCGCGCGUGUAUCCGUCUCGCGAGAUCGCAAAAAAUCUUCCUGCUAGAGGACCGGCGAACCCGCGAAAAGAGGGCUCAGGAGUGAGAUGUGGCCCCUCCGGGCUCCCCGGCCCUGGCGCUUGGUCCUGGGCUCCCUGCGCCGGGCCGCCCGGCCCUCCUCGGGCUCUCAGGACGCAGGCGGGGGCCAGGCGCCGCCGAGGGCCCUGGGUCUGCGCACCCGCCUGCUGGUGACGGGGCUCUUCGGGACCGGGCUGGCCGCGGCUUGGCUGUCGGCCCGGGCCGAGAAGGAGCGGAGGCAGCACCUGCGGCGGAUGGAGGCCUUGCGCAGCGCGGCCGUGGGCCAGGGGGACUUCGACCUGGUGGACCACACGGGCCGGCCCCGGCGCAAGGCCGACUUCAGGGGCCAGUGGGUGCUCCUGUACUUCGGCUUCACGCACUGCCCGGACAUCUGCCCCGAGGAGCUGGAGAAGCUGGCCGGGGUGGUGCGCAGGCUGGAGGCCGAGCCCGGGCUGCCCCCCGUGCAGCCCCUCUUCGUCACCGUGGACCCCGAGCGCGACGACGUGGCGGCCGUGGGGAACUACGUGCGCGAGUUCCACCCGCGGCUGCUGGGGCUGACGGGCACCCCGGAGCAGGUGAGCCAGGCCGGGCGCAACUACCGGGUCUACUACAGCGCGGGGCCUCCGGACGAGGAUCAGGACUACAUAGUGGACCACUCCAUCAUCAUCUACCUGCUCAAUCCCGACGGCCUUUUCACCGACUACUACAACCGGAGCAAGACGGAGGAGCAGAUCACGGACAGCGUGCGGCGCCACAUGGCCGCCUUCCAAAGUGUCCUGGGCUGAGCCCUCCCUACGCCGCCGCUGACAUAAACCCCGACCCGGCUGGGUGCAGUUCUCUAGAGACCAGAUAUUUAUUCUGUGUAACAAUACUCUACAAUCGCUCAACAAGGGAGGGGGAAAUAAAGGUAUUUCUUCUACAAACAACAGAUCUGAAGCGCCCCAGAGGUCUGGAUUAGGGCCGAGGUGCCCAGGGGUGGGGGCAGGAGGGAUUGGCACACUGCCCGAUGUAUACUGGCACCAGGGGGGCGGGAAAGGGCACAUCCCCCAAACCCAGUAUCCUCCGGGCACCUGCUUCAGGAUUGUCGAGGGAAGGCGGAGGGCAAACUUUGGA